AUGCAAAUCGUUGACAUUUUAGCAUAUAUUGGAGACCACAAUGAUGAACGCGAGGCACCACAUCGCCGACGCUGUCUUGUGGAAGGCGAGGCUGUGCUGAAUGCUAAACAUCUGAUGCGUUGCGGCAUUGUGUCCCGCGACGACGCUGGCGUCAAAUUAUUCGCACUAAGCGUGCAGACAAGCCAGGUCAAAGCGAAACUUCAUACAAUCGACGUCAACCUUUCGGAAAAAAUAAAUGCAAAAUGCUCUUGUAAGGCAGGCCUUUCAGGUACCUGCAAGCAUGCUGUGGCUGCAUUGCUGUUCAUCAACAGGACUGGUAUCGAUAACUUAGAGGGGCUGUCCUCAACAGAUUCGACGCAGUGUUGGGGAAGGCAUCACACUGCUAAGCUCUACGAGCCCAGGAAGCUUUCCGAACUCUGCCAUGUGAAACUUCAGAAGCAACCUUCCCUUCUCAAUGAUCUGCUAGAGGAAGUACGUCUUGAACUAAUCAAUGCAGCACCCCAGUCGGCUUUGGCACGUCAUAGUAGGGGAAGAGCUACCAAAAAUUGUCAAACUGCACGAGUCAUCACUGACCACAAAAAUGAUUGA